GGUGUAUAAAAGCAGACACCCCAGUGAAUCAAACUCAGAAUCAUCUGAUCCUUAGACGCGCUGAGACUAAAUAUUAUUAAGACCCCUCUGUAGGUUAUUACACAUACCAAUUAAAAUGGAGAUCUGCCUUGGAUUACUUCAGACCUGUGGAUAUAAGAUUUCUUCCUCAUGGAUCAGCUUGACCCUUCUUUUCUCAAUGCUGUGCAUGUGGACUAGUGUAGAGUGCUGGUCUUACCACUUCUCUAACAAAACCAUGGAUUGGCAGCAAGCUAGAGCCUGGUGCAAGGAGCACUACACAGACAUGGUGGCCAUUCAGAACCAGGAGGAAAUCAGGCAUCUCAACAGCUCGCUGCCCAAGCAACGCAACUACUACUGGAUUGGGAUCCGCAAGAUCAAUAAUGUCUGGACCUGGGUAGGCACCAACAAGACUCUGACAGCAGAGGCAACCAACUGGGCAAAGGGUGAACCAAACAAUGGCAAGAAUGGGCGGAAAAUGGGGGAGAAUGAAGAUUGUGUGGAGAUGUACAUUAAAAGGAAUGAGGAGCCAGGAAAGUGGAAUGAUGAGAGGUGCGGGAAGAUGAAGACCGCUCUGUGCUACACAGCUGCCUGUGAGAAUGACUCAUGCCACUAUGGAGAAUGCGUUGAAACCAUCAAUAGCCACAAAUGUGUUUGUUUUGAUGGCUUUUAUGGAGAGAAGUGUGAGCACGUUGUUAAGUGCGACAAAGAGGAGGUGACUGUCCCAGAUAAAGGAAGCGUAAAUUGCACUCAUACGUAUGGAGACUACUCCUACGACUCCUUGUGCAAGUAUUCCUGUGAGAAAGGAUACCAGCUGAGUAUGUCAAGACCCCUGAGAUGCACAGCCUCAACAAAGUGGUCAGAAGAGCCUCCUACAUGUGAACUGGUUAAGUGUCCGGAGCUGUCUCGUCCAGCGAGAGGAUCCAUGAACUGCUCCAAUCCUCUGGGCCCCUCCAGCUACCAGUCAACCUGUGUGUUUACCUGUGAUGAAGGCUAUGUACAAGCUCAUUCCCCAUCUAAUACUCUGCAGUGUGAAGCAUCGGGAAGUUGGAAUGCCUCACAGCCAUCUUGUGUUGCUGUCCAGUGCCCCACUCUCCAGAAGCUAGAGAAUGUCUUGGUCGACUGUGGAGAUGUAGAUAUGAAGUUCAUCUAUGGAAACACCUGCAGCUUCAGCUGUGCUCUCGGCUACCACCUGGUGGGACCGAGCAGGAUGACAUGCACAUCAGCAGCUGAGUGGAGUGAGAGAAUGCCUCGCUGUGAAGCCACCACUUGCCAGAAUCCAGAGGGAGACGCUCACCUGAUCCCCAAGUGCAGCCAAUCUCCAACUGACCUGCAGCCAGGCUCUACCUGCAUCUUCAGUUGUGAAGCAGGCUUUGAACUGCAGGGAGUGCAAACCAUUCAGUGUUUUGAGAACGGACAGUGGAGUAGAGCCAUACCUACUUGCAAAGCAAAAGGAUGUCCUGCUCCCAAGACUCCGACAAACGGCAAGAUCAGCUGCAGCCUUUCUCCGUCUUCACCUGUUUCUACUGCGACCCCUCAUCCACCUGGUAUGAUCUGCACUUUUAGCUGUGAUGAAGGCCAUGAGCUCGAAGGUGCACUCAGCAUGGAGUGUGAACAUCCAGGCCAGUGGAACUCCACACCACCAACCUGCACAGUUGUAAGGUGCCCAGUGCUCGCGGCCCCUGAAAAUGCUCACAUGAACUGCUCAGACAGUGAGCCAGCAUACAGCUCUCGGUGCUCCUUCACAUGCGGUCAAGAUUACUCCUUAGAUGGGCAUGAGCUGCUGACCUGUGAUCGUCAUGGCAAUUGGACUGGACCGAUACCCACCUGCCAAGCUUCCCCAUCUCAGAUUUCUACCAUUGUCUCUGGUGUGGCAGCAGGGGGCACUCUGUUCAGUGUUGUGUCUCUUGCUAUGUGGAUCCUGAAACGACUGAAGCAGAAAUCAACCAAGUUUGAGCUGAAAAGCAACUCUGACAUAGAGGCCCCUCCACAGUUCUACAAGAACAGCACUGACAGCCUCAUAUAGAACACAGUCAGAAUCUUCAGAGGCAAUUAAGGACAACUAUGUAUAUAUCCUUAAAAUGACUUUAUGAGUCAUCAGACAUGGUAAUAUGGACAAUAUGAAAAUUUUUUAUGGUAUAAAGGUUGUUAACAGGAAAACCCAGGAUGUGAGAGCUACCAAUGGUGGGAGCAAAUGUUUUCUUUAGAUUUUUGAAAUUAAUGGUUGUAUCAUAUUUUGUUGAAUUUUUAAAAAUAUCCAUUAUUUGCUCUGUAAUGUUGUUCAGACAUGUAUUUCCUCCAUAGGGGAGUUUUAUAUUGAACAUAUUGUUCUACAGCUUUAUAAACCUGCUUGAAAGGUGGCUCUAUUCAUGUUAUUGUAAAUUUUGAAAAAAGCAUUGUGAGUGAAAUCGCCACAUUAUUGAAUAACUGUGAAUAUUUUCACUAUAUUGAUUUCAGAAUUUAUGUACUAUUUAUUUAAGAGAUGGUCAAGGCAUUUGAAAUGUUCAUUAAUAUUUCUGUAUGU